GUAUUGUGACUGAAGUGUAUCAACUGUUCACACUAACUCUACGUCACUGGCACAGGUAUUACAUAAUCGAUCUUUGCAACGUACCGAGCCAUAUAAACCAUGUCCAAGAUGAUAAGAAGUACAGUAUUCCUGCAAGUUUUUGUUCCGAUUACCAGGAAACAGAAAGUUUCUAAAGCUCUUAGUUCAGCGAUUGUUCAAGUCUGCACAGAACAUAUGUAUGUUCUCUGUAGUUGUGUAGUUUAUUGAAUCAUCGAGGGUCAAUGAUGUUUCGCAGAGAAACGCCGCAAAAUCCCCUAGACACGGCAAUGGAGGGAGAAAAUAAGCAGGAGAGUUUGUCAGUUAACCUUAAGCUGGAAGAACUGGUAUCGGAAGAAGAUUUGAUUCACGCCAAGACUUUGUGGGAAUACUUGCUUCUUCAUCACGAUUUCAAAAAGAGUGACGUCAUCUUGUUACUAGGCAACAAUGACAUUCGAACAGCUGAGUAUGCUAGUCAUCUUUAUCUCAACGGUUACGGAGACUGGCUUGUCAUUUCAGGAAAAGCAGGCAAUAUGACGAAAGGUAGGAUUUUUAACAAUUAUCAAUGUCAAUUAUAAAUAUAUCUAAAUAGC